GUAAGGGGGGGGGGUGGUGACGGGAGGCUUCGAGGCGGGCGCUGUCGCUGCGGCGGCUGUCGUCCCCAUCGCCCCUGGUUAGGCUGCUCGUUGCCCUGCUUGGGGACGAAGUUCAGGCCACAGCCUCUAAAAGCUUCUGAAAAGCAGUUUACAUAGAAUUUAAAAACACCACCACCAGAUGGGGGAGGAGAGUUUGUCACAGUCUAGUCUUACCGUGCUAGUUACUUCAAUUUGGGAUUUUCCCACUAACCAAUGUCAGGAAAUGGUGACCGCACCAUUACCAGUCCCUCUGAGGCAUCUCUCUCAGAAAUUGAGGUUCUGCCAAAUCGACCCAAAUAUGUGUGCAGGCUGUCUGCUGAGCUCAUUGCCAAGGCACGUGAAGAGUUGCAGGAAAAACCUGAGUGGCGGCUUCGAGAUGUUCAAGCCCUCAGAGACAUGGUGUGCAAGGACUAUCCUAACCUGGGAACGUGCCUAGAUGAUGCUUUCUUGCUCAGGUUUCUUAGGGCCAGGAAAUUUGAUUAUGACCGGGCACUGCAGCUUCUUGUGAACUACCACUGCUGUAGGAGGAGUUGGCCUGAGGUCUUUACGAACCUGAAACCAUCUGCUAUAAAGCCUGUCUUAGAGUCGGGUUUCGUCACUGUGCUUCCUCACUUAGAUUCUGAAGGGCGUCAUGUUGUCUGCAUUCGUCCAGACAGAUGGACACCAAAUAACUACCCGAUUACUGAGAAUAUUCGUGCCAUAUACUUAACAUUAGAAAAGCUCGUUCAGUCAGAAGAGACCCAGGUGAAUGGAAUAGUAAUUCUUGCAGACUACAAAGGAGUCAGCUUAUCGAAAGCAUCUCAUUUUGGGCCCUUUAUAGCGAAAAAAGUGAUUGGAAUUCUCCAGGACGGCUUUCCUAUUCGAAUAAAAGCUGUUAAUAUUAUCAAUGAGCCUCGCAUAUUCAAGGGCAUUUUUGCCAUCAUCAAGCCUUUUCUGAAGGAGAAAAUAGCAAAUCGGUUCUUUCUCCAUGGGUCUGACUUGAACUCUCUUCAUCGCAAACUCCUGCCAAGGAUCCUCCCUGAAGAAUAUGGCGGCACUGCAGGGAAACUGGACAUCUCUGUCUGGAAUGAACGACUGCUGGCCUCAGAGGAAGACUUUCUGUAUGACUUCUCUCAACUGGCUCCCUCCAGUGACUCAUCACCUCGUGAUCCAUUAAUGAGUGGAGAGAUGGAUGAGAAGCAAUGUGAUGAUUCUUUGCGAAGCUUAAAAACACAGCUCUAUUAUUGCUAUUAACAUAGCACUUAAAACUUCCAGAAGGUCACCUUCCUGUUCACAAAGGGAUGAAUUAGCUCUGCCUUAUUGCUAAGGCUGUAGCCAGUAGGUUGUAUCCUAAGCCUUUCUUCCUCCAGAAGAAGAAAACCUUAAUGUACAACCCUAUGUGUAGAGACAGCUGAGGCACUUUACAUUGGAACCAAAGCAAAUUAAGAAGCAGAAGCCAUGGGACAAAUUGAAGUUCUGUGGCAGUCUGGCAGAAGGGGAGUGGUUGAGCCAGACUGAAUGUUUAGUGACUUACUGACCCUUUGUGAAGGAAACAUCCCUUGAAGAUUCAGUGUUGCGUCCAUGUGUGAAUUAAGGCACUUUGCUAACUUUGAGAUCCUAAACACAAUUACUUGAAACUAGGCUGCAUUAAAUCAAUUGGACUUGCUUUCAAAUGAGUUUAGGAUCAAAGUGCUAGACUCUCUCAGGCUGAAAGGGGGCAGAAAUAACCUACACCUUUGACACAGCAGAAAUGUAGUGGCUCACACUUUUCUGUGGAGAAGGGAACAAACUCGUAGAUUGUGCUCUCACCCAAGUGUUGAGGUGCUGUAAGGAUAAAUGACUAUUUCUUUUAUGGCAGAUAAGCUUCCAAAAGUCCUUCUGGCUGUCAUCUUUAUACUUAUUGCCAUCCCUAACAUUCCGUUCUUUACACACACAAAUGUAAUUGAAUUUCAGGAGUGAGUGUUACCACUGAGGAAGGCCAUUGGCAGAAAAGGCUAGCAAAUGGCAUGGUUAGAAUCUUAAAGCUCAGUCGAAGCACAUCUGAACUCUGCUGCACAGAGAAGUUCACAGACUGUCCAGAAGUAUCUUGUGAAUUUGUUUUAACCUGCACUUUAACUUGUGCAAAAACGAGCUGAGAUGGACAGAGGUAAUUUUUGCACACUUAUUCAGCUACCAGGUCAUACCCUGCCUUAGCUUUAGAAUUUGAAUUAAGGUAGAUCUCAGAAACAAAACAUAAAUGGUUGAUAGUUGUAGAUCUCUAGUAAGGGAAAGAGAUGCUUUCCUCUUGGUAUCUUUAUUUUUGGGAUAGAAGUUUUGAAACCGUCUCUGUAAGCCAAAUGUAGACAGGGUAUUUUACAAGCACAAUAUCAAAUUUGUAAACAUAGCUUUUGUUUAGUUUGUAAUUACUUGGACCUUAGUGCUGUUUUGGCCUUAACUUCCUUUUUGAAGGCCACUGAGUACAUUAGUGCUUUAGCUCCAUUUAUAUUGGUGAAGUUUAAUUUCUAUGUGACGGGUGCAUUUUACCUUUUCAGUAACAUAGUACUUACUAUAUGUAGCUAAUUUCUUGUCCCAUAGUCCAGAGCAGAGGUUCUCAACAUUAGGUCCACAGAUGAUGUUGGACUAGAACUCCUAUCAUCCCCAGCCACAGUGGCCAAAAGCCAUGGGAGUUUUAGUCCAAUAAGAUCUGCGGACCUGACACUGGGAACCCCUGGUCUAGAAUUGUCAGUGUUGAGCACAUUCUUUGCAUACCUUUAAAAAGUACAGGCUAGAACCCUGAAUGCGCUGCCUGCUGUUUCAUGCUUACAGAGCAGCCAUUCAACAUUUAUACCACUACUUCUAAAGCAGCACUUUUACAAUGGUUGGGACUAUUUGAGGGGCUUUUACUUGGUGCCAACUACAGACCAGAAACUGGUGCUUAUUGUAAAUAUGAAAUAAGGUCUUCAGAAGCUGGACCACUUUACUGUCAGAGUGCCAAAAAUUGUAUUUUUUUUUUCAUUUGUUCUAAGUCACAACCACCUGCCUUGGUGUUGCCAAAAGGUGAAGCAAUUAAUUUGGUCAAUGCUGCUGUGCUUGAUCCAUUGUUCUCCCUUGACUGUAAUGUAGGAUACUGUUAGCCUUCAACAGGAGAACCAAUGCCUAUUGUGAGUCUCCCUUCACACAUGUUCCUACAUGGAUAUUACUUCAUAUACAUGGUUUUUUCCUACAGUCAUGUGGCAGUUGAUUUUUCUGAAGCUGUGUAUGUAUUACAUGUGACACUGUACAUCCUUGUUUCCAUGAAAGCAAUAUUCAUGUAGAAAAACAAUUGAAAUGACCCACAGAUGGUUGUAAUUCAACCAAUGGGCCACCUGAACUACAACUACCAGCAGGCAGGGAUCUUAGUUUCAAUUCUGAAUACAAAGUGCUGCUUCUGUUGAAGUUCCAUUGAUCAAAUAUUCUGGGGAAGCAGGAUGGCCUCUCCAGUGUAUCCAAGCAGCAGUGAAAGGCAUUCUUACCCUAAAUUUGGGCUCAGAUUAAUGUCUUGUGGGGGAACCUAUUGUAAACAGAUUUCAUCUUAUUCUGAACAUGGCUUAUAAAUGAGCAGCAAGUCUCAAAUGAGUGCAGAAAAAAGCUAGUUUAAACUUUUCCUCUGUUUUUCAUCUUUCUUCAAAAAUGGUCCUUUGAAGGAAAGGUUCCAAGAGUUUGCUCCCCAGAGCAUUUUAAAAGAGUGUUGGAGUUUUCAUGGUCUUAGUCUACAAGAAUAACUUACUGGUUUAGGACCAGUUUGAGGUUUGCCUCUCCUUGGAUUUUUCUGAUGCUGACUGUGCCACUUCCAAGUACAUGUGUAGGAUGAGGAACCGUAGGUUUGUAGAGAUGGUAUUUACCUCUCUAGUCUGGCUAUCUUAUGUGUCUGCUGGAGCCUACAGCAGACACAUUCUCUACAUAGUAUUGAUUAAUCUCAAUUGACUACGUAUUCUCUACAGUGUCUUGAUUAAUCUCAAUUCUGUAGUGUCUGCCUUAGAGGGUCACUCUAACAAACAGCCUACAGGAGAUGGAGGCAAAUGUAUUAUCACUGAAGGGUUAUGCUAGUGUUUCAUAAAUGAAAGUGUUAUGCACAUACUAUUAUGGCACAAGCUUGUUUUAAAAGUGAACACCACACACUUUACAUCCCCUCUAGCACUAGAAAGUGCUCUUGCAGUAUUGCAACUUUAAAAUAUCAACUUCAAAGCAGAUCACUUGUAUCAGAGUAUAAGGCCUUAAAGAGGAGACAUUGGUAGCUUACUACAAUGGGUCAAAUUGCCUUUUAAGUCUAUUAACAUAAUUAGUAUGAAAACAGUAUCUGUAAAUAAAAAUACUUGAAUUUAUACUGUGGCUGAACAGGCAUUUAGGAAGCUUGAGGUUUUCCCAUAGGGUGGUAGCAGUGCAUUGUUUCUACUGUUCAGUCACUUUUGGCGUUUUGCUCAGCAAUUGUUUCAGAGAGAUUUGUUUUGCCUUUUGCUGUAUGUGGAAUUCAGGUGUUUGGUUACAGUAUACCCUUGAGAAUUUAUUUUUAUAUUGCAUUUUAUAGUGUGACUUCAUGCAUGACUGGAUAUUAAACCAUCCUAUCUUAAAGCA